AUGGCCACCCCCCAGGCGACAAAGCGUUUGACGCGCGAGUACAAGACCAUUUCUCAGAACCCCCCGCCGUACAUCGUCGCCCACCCUUCCGAGAACAACAUUCUUGAAUGGCACUACAUUCUCACCGGCCCGCCCGGCACUCCGUACGAUGGCGGCCAGUACUGGGGCACCCUCAUGUUCCCGCCCGACUAUCCCUUUGCUCCACCGGCCAUCCGCAUGCACACGCCCUCCGGUCGCUUCCAGCCUUCGACGCGCCUCUGCCUUAGCAUUUCCGACUUCCACCCCAAGAGCUUCAACCCGGCCUGGGAGGUCAGCACAAUCUUGAUUGGCCUGAUGAGCUUCAUGACGAGCGAGGAGAUGACCACCGGCAGCGUCCGCGCCUCGGAUGCAGAGCGCAAGCUGUUCGCCAGCAGGUCCCGCUGGUGGAACUCCACCGGUGGCGGUUCGCAUGCCGCUUCCACUCGCCCCAAGGCCGCCGGCGCUGGCGCCAUCAAGGCCGGAGACGGUGGCGCCAAGUUCCGUCAAGAGUGGCCUGAGCUCGAUGCGGAGAACUGGCGCUGGAUGAAGGAGAACAAGAUCGACCCCGCCACCGGCAUGCCCCAGGCACCGCAGGUUGACGGCCACGGCCCCUGCGCUCCCGAAGCCGCUGCUCUGCGGAGGCGCCCCGUCGGCAGCGGCAGCUUGGGUGCUGUUGUCGAGGGAGGUCAGGUCGCCCGGGACGCCGGCCAGGGCUGGUUGAGCCGCAACAAAUACAUUAUCGGUGCCGUCUUCCUGUUCGGCUAUGUCCUGGUCACCCGCGUCCUAGGUGUCGAGACGGCUUAG